UCAGGACAUGCGCGAACUUGGUUGAAGCUUUUGACAGGAGGAUUUUGUCGAACUUGAGAAGACCGCUGGUUUGGUGUUUCUUGAUGUUUUCGUGUGAAUAAACUUGUGUUAAAACUCGGCCUAAGUGAGAAACACUGAAUCGUGUUUGUUUCGUACGUGCCAAGGGUCAAAUGUUCUCAUUAAAAAAAAUACGAGUGGUGACAGAGAAGCUGAAUGUCAUCAAUAAAUUCUUGCGUAGACAUGGACGUUGACGGUCCAGUCAACGGUUCCGGCACCCUGAAGAGGUGCUCCAGUGCCCCUAUGAUUAAUGAGAGCAAUUCCAUCAUGACUACAGCAACCCCAUCUGGAUCAGCCGCCAGGGAUCAGCAGUCUUUCAACCUGUUUGGGGGUAGUACGCAGACGAGAACGAGGAGGUUCAGUGCCAGCUUUAGUCCAGUGCCUGGAUCUCCUGUCUCGGGACUGCGCCUCACCCCUCGCAUUAACCAACUCCGUCAAGAAGAGCAUGCCGACGUGAGCAACCUUCGUGAGCUCGCCCACGAGCGCGAGAUCCACCACACUAUGCAAAUCUCCCAAUCGUGGGAAGACUUAAAUCUGAUGAACGAAUCUCACGGCGACUCUAAAUCGAACAAAAUGGGUCCAUUGCACGUCAACUUGCCGCCCUACAGUGGCCUCAAUUGCAAUUCACCCUCGCCGACACGUCUCAGCUCGCCCGGUUUCCAGAGCCCCACGCGAGCUUCACGAACGCUCAUCCGGCGCAGCGCUAGCCCUGUCCUGCGGCCGAGCCCCCUCGGCGUCAAGAGGAAGCUCGACGACGAUAAGAACGACUACUAUGUGAGUUCCAGGGCGAAACGGUUCCACAGUUACUCGGCCGUGGACCGCGGAGGGUUACUCACCACCACGCCCAGCAGUUUGCCGGGCUCGCUGAGCUCAGUCGGCACUCCGGAGUCGUUGUCUAGCGCCGAUUCGCCCGGAUUUAAUUUUAGGAAUGUAGAUAGUCCCUCGCCCAGUCGUGCAAUGCCACCCGAACCGAUGAUCGUCGCCAAAGGCGAUCAUGACAUGAACGAAAGUCCUAGUUAAAUUGAUAUUUUAGAUAUGCAAUGCGGUGGGUACUGAUGAAAUCAGGCAAAGUUAUUGAAAAAUAUUUUUUAUAUAGAUAAGAGGUAAAAAUCGAAAGAAAUUUAUUUGUGGACUGACCUCCGCUGUUCGAUAAACGAAUUAUUUAAAGACUAGUUGGGUUUGUUUUGACUAGUUUUCAAAAAAGGGCGCCAAACUACGGCCAAUUAAAAUUUUAAUACGGAAAAACAAAGUUGGCAUAUUAAUUUGACAGCUUUUACCAUAUACGAGAGGUGAAUAGAAAGAUAAAAGCGUUCAAAUUUUUUAAUUUGUCAAUAUUGUUAUUUUUUAUUUGCAGUUUUCAUAGUUUCGCUAAGUUUAAAGCUUUGUAAUUACAGUGGGGGACACGUAAAACUAGGCAGAUGUGUCAUUCAGUUGUCAAAAUUUCUAAACUAUACCUUAGGUACUCAUAACCAAGCUUUUAAUGUUUGGCAUAUUUGUCUUUUUGAUACUGACAAAGUCGAAGUUUUUGGAAUCCCCAAAGUCACCGAGACACCCCGCUUUGAAUAAGAGUUGAGAUUGUUUGAGGUUUAUUGAAAACUGAUUAAAAAUUGAUGUAUGUCAAAGUUAAUUUGAUAGUUUUUUUAAAAUAUCAAUCAUAAUGACUGUCAAGGUGCAUUUACAUUGACAUUUUUUAAAAUGACAAUAAAAGACUACCCAGGAUUCCGUGUCCCCAACUGUACUUCAAAAAAUGUCAUAUGUCAAUUGUCAUUAACUGCUAAAAAUCUUAAAAAUCGUAAAUUCUGUCAAAUGUUCUUGGCCCAACCUUGUUAUUUAUUGUUUUACUUCAAAAAUAGUGUUGAAUCAGUCACAAAACAAGAGUAAGGUAUUGAAACUAGGCAGUUUGCGAAUGAUGAUAAAAAAUAGACAAGUUUACAAACAGGGUAAACCAGCUUAUUAUUUUAAAGAACAGUUUCCUCCAAAAAUGGCGCCCUUGUACCGUUUUAGUUGUAGUUGAAAAAUGUGAUGUUUUUCAAUAACUCCCAUUUUUUUUAUAUUCAUCUCUAAGAAUAUGAUGUUAUUAUAAAAUUCUCUAGUCUAUAGUUGUAAUGUGAAAUAAGUUAGUGUUUAAAAAUGAACAUUGCGAAGACUCUGCAAGGUGCUAAAAUACUGACGUUUUCAGUAAAUUUUGUUGUUUCUUCCUUCUGAUAUUUAAGAUUCGUUUUUACAGAUUUCACUAAAACUAAACUCAGUUCUUGACCCUACUCACUAUUUCAACAUUCUUGACAAACAUUUGAAAACUAGUGGGUAUGGAAUGUUUUUUUCUUCCACUCUGUGUAUGGAAAAUGACUAUUGUAUAUUUUCUAGUGGUAGUGCCUCACUGUUCUAAUCAUUUUUAUACAUAGUUAGGAAAAAAUAGACUGACAAUUUAUAGCUUAGUUCUCGUUAAAUUUAAGCCAACUUAUUGGUAUAUCUGUGUAAAUA